AUGUCUUUGCCCGAAUCACAAUCUUGGAAAAAAAUCCGUUUAAAUUCCGGAAAAGCAGUCAAUGCAGAAUCAAAAGAUACUGACCAAGUAGAUAAUGUAACAAUUGAUAAAGAUGAACAAAUAGAUUCUAAUGAAAAUGCGGAAUUAAAUGAACAAGUGGUUUCAAACUGGAAGAUUCAGGAGCAGGAUGUUGGUUUAACUGAAUAUGUUGAUGCAUCCAUUCCGGGAUUUUCAGCAAUCAUUAAGCAGCGAUAUUCAGAUUUCUUAGUUUAUGAAAUUGAUCAAGAUGAAAACAUCGUUCACAUUACUAAUACUGAUCUACCGAAGGACAACAAUGUCGAUAACCAAUCUUCUAAAACAUCUAACGAUGACAUAACGGUUAUUUCAACUGAUCAAAUAUUUCUUGACAUGAAAUCUUUACUUGAUGAUGAAAUUAUUGAGAAGGUUAAAACUUUAUUGAAUACUGAAGGACGAGAUCCCUCAUUCGUUGAUACGAAACCGGAAAAAGACAAGGAUAAACGAACAAUAAUUCAUCAAUUUUUCAAGAAACAUUUUGGUGAUAAAUUAAAUACAGAAACUAAAGAUGGUGCAAUUAGAAUAAGCAUGCAUACCUCGAAGACUCGAAAUGACCGUAGAAACAAAAAACGUGAAUUUGACCAGUGGGAGGCAUUAGGUGGUCCCUUUUGCCGUUUUGUUCUAUAUAAGGAGAAUCGUGAUACUAUGGAGGCUAUUAACUUAUUAUGCAAGAGAAUGAAAGUUCAUUCUCGUGUAUUUUCAUAUGCCGGGACAAAAGAUCGUCGUGCUAUUACAGUUCAAAAAGUCACUGCUUCUAUGAUCAAGGCUGAAAGACUUAUAGGACUAAACGCCCGUCUCCAUGAUAUGAAGUUAGGAAAUUUUGAAUACGUGAAAGAAGGAUUAAAACUUGGUGACUUAAGAGGUAAUCAUUUUGUUAUUACACUAAGGAAAGUUCAAGUUGAAUCUGAAGAAAUCAUCGAUAAGGCCAUGAAUGUUCUGCAAGAACGUGGAUUCAUAAAUUAUUAUGAUAGUAAAGAUCAGCAACAAGCUAGGCAACAUUGGGCAGAAAAUCAUGAUGCUAAGAAAGCUUUGGAACUAUUUCCAAAGAGAUGUGUUGCUGAAUGUCAUAUUCUUUCUUCAUUCGUAAAAACCGGUCAUAACAAAGAUUGUGCGGGUGCACUUGUUUCUAUGCCAAGAAAUCUUCGCCUUAUGUAUGUGCAUGCUUAUCAAUCAUAUAUCUGGAAUAAAAUGGUGUCCGAGAGGUUACGUAUCUUUGGUUGUGAUAAACCAAUAGUUGGAGAUUUGGUAAUUCUUGAUGAUGAUGAGUUAGGGGAUGAUAUUGCCGACAGUGAUGUCACCAUUAAUUCUGAGGACAAAAAGGAGAUUAAAGUAAAAAUCUUAAAAGAGGAAGAUAUACCGAAUUACACGAUCUAUGAUGUUGUGUUACCUUUACCUGGAUAUUUAGUUGUAUACCCAAAUAAUAAUAUAUUUGAGAAAUAUAAAGAAUUGAUGUGGAAGGAUCAUUUGGAUCCUCGUGAAAUGAAAAGAAACAUAAAAGAUUUUUCAUUAUCCGGAACUUAUCGCAAGAUAAUUGGAAAGCCUAUUGACGUGUCCUGGAAAACACUUAGAUAUGAUGAUCCAAAUAUACCUUUAUCAUUAAAUGACCUAGAUAUUAUUAACGGGAAAAUGGAGCCUGAAAAUGUUCCAGAUGGUAAAUUAUUAGCACUAAGAAUUCACAUUUCUUUAUCAACUAGUCAAUAUGCAACAAUGGCUCUUAGAGAGUUAUUAAAAACGAGUCUUGACUCUUUCGAUAGAAAUUAG